AUGAAGUUUAAUAUGUGUUAUGACAUUGUGUCGUUCUUUAACACUUCGUCGAAACACAGAGCGGUAGAUACACCAAAUUCUGAGAUGGUGCGUGUUGUAAUUAAGAACCAGGUUUUUGAAGUAUCCCCUCGUUAUACUGACCUAAAUUAUAUUGGGGAAGGAGCGUAUGGAAUGGUUGUUGAUGCUUUUGACACCGUAAGAGGUGAGAAAGUUGCCAUUAAGAAGACCUCACCGUUCGAACAUCAAACGUUCUGCCAGCGAACAUAUCGGGAGUUGAAGAUUCUUCUUGGAUUUUCUCAUGAAAAUAUAAUUGAUAUCAAAAAUAUUAUACUAGUCGGAAACACAUUAGAGGAUAUGAAGGAUGUUUAUAUCAUUCAAACACUAAUGGAUACUGACUUGUAUAAAUUACUGAAAACACAGGAGUUGUCAGGAGAACAUACUUGCUAUUUUUUGUAUCAAGUACUCCGAGGUCUCAAAUACAUUCAUUCUGCAAAUGUUCUACACCGUGAUUUAAAGCCAUCUAAUUUAUUGCUAAAUGCAAGCUGUGAUCUAAAGAUCUGUGAUUUUGGAUUGGCUCGAGUUAACGAUCCCGAGCAUGAUCAUAUGGGCAUGCUCACCGAAUACGUUGCUACACGAUGGUAUAGAGCCCCAGAAAUUAUGCUCAGCUCAAAAAGCUAUACAAAAGCUAUCGAUAUUUGGUCUGUAGGUUGCAUUUUUGGCGAAAUGCUAAAUCGUCGACCAUUGUUCCCCGGGAAACAUUAUGUUGAACAACUAACCCUUAUCUUAGGGGUUUUAGGAUCACCAAGCCGUGAGGAUCAAGUUUGGAUAGUAAAUGAUAAGGCUCGAAGCUUCGUGGAGAAGUUUAAAAAUAAUCCUCGUAAAUCAUGGAAAGAUAUUUAUCCUUCGGCGGAUGCUAAAACAAUCGACCUGCUUGAUCGUUUAUUAACAUUCAAUCCAACCACACGUAUCACCGUUGAAGAAGCCUUAGCUCAUCCUUAUUUUGAACAUUACUAUGAUCCUAGUGAUGAGCCUGUUGCUAAAAAACCAUUCAGUUUUGAAGAAGAAUUAGAUAAUUUACCUGUUAGACAAUUGAAAAAAAUGAUUUUUCAAGAAGUCAGUCAAUUUCGUGAACCAGAUUGA